UAUCCAUUGUGCAUCAGUAUAAAAUGCACCGAAAAUUCAUGAACAAUUCAUUGUCAUCGAUUCUCUCGUUCUCAAAAAUUUAAAAACGAAGAAAUGACUCGCCUCGGAGCAGUCUUGCUUCUAGGCCUUGCAAUAUUUUGUGCAAUCGGCUCAAUUGAUAACACCAGUGCGCAUGGUGAACCUGGGAUAGACGUCAAUGCAUUGAUCAAUGUUUUGAGUGGAAUUUCGGGUUCUGGAGGGAGCGUUGGAGGUGAUGGUGGCAGUGGAGGCGGAAGAGUCGUUGCUUCUGGAAGUCCUAGCCUGGUAAACAUCGACCUGAUGGUUAGUCUUCUCAAUCAGUUACUGAGGAGUGGUCAAUCCGGUACAGUCAGUACUGGUACCUUGACGGAUAUUUGUAAUCGCGCGUGUAUCAAAACUCCAUCAUCCUCCAGUGGAAAUACCGAUAGUCUGAUUGCCAUCAGGAUUCUCAUUCAGCUUUUGAACACAAUAUUGCGAGGUGGUACUGGUGGAACUGGUGGUACUGGUGGUACUGGUGGUACCGGUGGUACUGGUAGUCCUGGUGGUACCGGUGGUACUGGUGGUACCGGUGGUCCUGGUGGUACUGGUGGUACCGGUGGUACAGGUGGUACCGGCGGUCCUGGAAGUCUCAUAACUGUCAACGCUAUCAUACAAUUACUAAACGCCAUAGCCGGACGUGGUUCUGGAUCUGAAUCUGGACCCAGUCGAGGAGGAGGCACCAAACCCCUCAUCGGCGUUGACGUUCUCCUGGAGGCUCUAAUUUCUUACAUAACUUCCACGAGAGGUGGCGGGAGAAAAUAUUGUCACGUUGGUGAACUCAAUGAAUUCUUGGAAUCAAGAAGUAGACGUGCAACUGAUUCCGGAAGUGGAAGUGUUCUCGAUGUCAACGCCAUUUUGUCUGCAUUGGAUCGAGUCACUUAUCCCCCUACACGUACUAAUGCCAGGAACAAUAAUUUAAUUCAACUGAAUGUUCUUGUGGAUGCGUUGAAUCAACUUCUUGGAGGCUCAGGUGGUUGUGUACGCAGGGAUUAUCGCUCCAGCAAAGGUUGUGGACGUGAUACUCGGGGUGGAAGUGAUGCCCUAGUAUCGGUUGAUGUCAAUGCAUCCCUUUUGAAUAAUUGCGCAAAGGAUGGAGGCGGUCUGCUGGGACUUGUCGGGAAUCUUCUUGGUGGUCUAUUGGGAGGUCUUCUAGGUAGAGAUGGUCUUGUUGGUGGUCUCCUCGGUGGUCUUCUAGGUGGAGGAGGUGGUGGAAGGGCUGGAGGUGGUGGAGUUUUAGGCGGACUUCUUGGAGGUCUGGGUUAACACUUCCUUCUCUCAUUUCUCACAAUCCAUACAAAUCGACUUAUCAAAAAAUACAGUACAGAAGAGUAAAUGUAGUUAAUAAAAAAUAUUGGGCAUAUAUCAUGUUUUGAUGACAAGAUUAUUAUUCUUCGGAUGAGUAAGGAGGAUUCAUUGCGAAUUGAAACAUGUAAAAUAAAUGAAUAACAAUUA